GGCUGCUUUAAUAGUCAUUGUGAAUUUGAGUAGAGAGGAGUUUAUUUCACGACAGUUGUCAAGUCGUCUUGCGUGAAAAUUACACGUAGUGAGAAGCUUUCAAACAAAAGAGCACCAUGCAGAUUUUCGUGAAGACAUUGACCGGGAAGACCAUAACUCUUGAAGUUGAGGCUUCUGACACCAUCGAGAACGUAAAAGCAAAGAUCCAGGAUAAAGAAGGCAUCCCACCUGAUCAGCAGCGUUUGAUAUUUGCUGGAAAGCAGCUGGAAGAUGGACGUACUUUGUCUGAUUACAAUAUUCAAAAGGAAUCCACUCUCCAUUUGGUCCUCAGAUUGCGUGGUGGAAUGCAGAUCUUUGUCAAAACCCUGACAGGAAAGACCAUUACAUUGGAAGUUGAGGCAUCAGACACGAUCGAAAAUGUCAAGGCCAAAAUUCAAGACAAAGAAGGAAUCCCCCCAGAUCAGCAGAGAUUGAUCUUUGCUGGAAAACAACUUGAAGACGGCCGUACGCUUUCUGAUUAUAACAUUCAGAAAGAAUCCACAUUGCAUCUAGUCCUCCGUCUACGUGGUGGAAUGCAGAUUUUUGUCAAAACCCUGACAGGAAAGACCAUCACGUUGGAAAUUGAGGCGUCAGACACUAUCGAGAAUGUCAAGGCCAAAAUUCAAUACAAAGAAGGAAUCCCCCCGGAUCAGCAGAGAUUGAUCUUCGCCGGAAAACAACUUGAAGAUGGUCGCACACUUUCUGACUAUAAUAUUCAGAAGGAAUCUACCUUGCAUUUGGUAUUGAGGCUUCGCGGUGGUAUGCAAAUUUUUGUUAAAACGCUUACCGGUAAAACAAUCACUUUGGAAGUCGAAGCGUCGGACACGAUUGAGAAUGUCAAAGCCAAAAUUCAAGAUAAGGAAGGAAUUCCUCCGGACCAGCAGAGGUUAAUCUUCGCCGGAAAACAACUUGAAGAUGGUCGCACACUUUCUGACUAUAAUAUUCAGAAGGAAUCUACCUUGCAUUUGGUUCUCCGUUUACGUGGUGGUAUGCAGAUUUUUGUCAAGACAUUGACAGGAAAGACCAUCACGUUGGAAGUUGAGGCGUCAGAUACUAUCGAGAAUGUCAAAGCCAAAAUUCAGGACAAGGAAGGAAUCCCACCGGACCAGCAGAGGUUGAUCUUCGCCGGGAAACAACUUGAAGACGGUCGUACACUUUCUGACUACAAUAUUCAAAAGGAAUCCACAUUGCAUUUGGUUUUGAGGCUUCGCGGUGGUAUGCAAAUUUUUGUCAAAACGCUUACCGGUAAAACAAUCACUUUGGAAGUCGAAGCGUCGGAUACGAUCGAGAAUGUCAAAGCCAAAAUUCAGGACAAGGAAGGAAUCCCACCGGACCAGCAGAGGUUGAUCUUCGCCGGGAAACAACUUGAAGACGGUCGUACACUUUCUGACUACAAUAUUCAGAAGGAAUCCACAUUGCAUUUGGUUUUGAGGCUUCGCGGUGGUAUGCAAAUUUUUGUCAAAACGCUUACCGGUAAAACAAUCACUUUGGAAGUCGAAGCGUCGGAUACGAUCGAGAAUGUCAAAGCCAAAAUUCAGGACAAGGAAGGAAUCCCACCGGACCAGCAAAGGUUGAUCUUCGCCGGGAAACAACUUGAAGACGGUCGUACACUUUCUGACUACAAUAUUCAGAAGGAAUCCACAUUGCAUUUGGUUUUGAGACUUCGCGGUGGUAUGCAAAUUUUUGUCAAAACGCUUACCGGUAAAACAAUCACUUUGGAAGUCGAAGCGUCGGACACGAUCGAGAAUGUCAAAGCCAAAAUUCAGGACAAGGAAGGAAUCCCACCGGACCAGCAAAGGUUGAUCUUCGCCGGGAAACAACUUGAAGACGGUCGUACACUUUCUGACUACAAUAUUCAGAAGGAAUCCACAUUGCAUUUGGUUUUGAGACUUCGCGGUGGUAUGCAAAUUUUUGUCAAAACGCUUACCGGUAAAACAAUCACUUUGGAAGUCGAAGCGUCGGACACGAUCGAGAAUGUCAAAGCCAAAAUUCAAGACAAGGAAGGAAUCCCACCGGACCAACAGAGGUUGAUCUUCGCCGGGAAACAACUUGAAGACGGUCGUACACUUUCUGACUAUAAUAUUCAGAAAGAAUCCACAUUGCAUUUGGUUUUGAGGCUUCGCGGCGGUAUGCAGAUUUUUGUCAAAACUCUCACUGGUAAAACUAUUACGCUGGAGGUCGAAGCUUCAGACACGAUUGAAAACGUGAAGGCGAAAAUUCAAGAUAAAGAAGGCAUUCCUCCCGAUCAACAAAGACUAAUUUUCGCGGGCAAGCAGCUAGAGGAUGGACGGACUUUAUCCGACUAUAAUAUUCAGAAAGAAUCUACACUUCACCUUGUACUUCGACUUAGAGGCGGAGAUGUCUGAUUCCAUUGUGAUCUCUACUAAAGCAUUGUAUUAAAUCAUUUAAUUAUAUUAUAAAUUCUAUUACCUAAGUUUUUAAUUUUAAUAAUUCGCACAUGCAAAUCUUUCGUAGGAAAUCUUGACGAAUAAAGAAAUUAAUUUUACAUGCUAUAAUAAUGUCUUGUUUUUUAUAAUCGUCUGAUUCUUUAUAAUAAAACUAUCAAUAAUAAAAUAUUGAUAUUGUAUUUGUAUUAUCUAAAAUUUUCUUGAUUAUGUUUGUUAUUUGUGUAGAUUGAACUUGUUUAAUGUAUUAUUUCUAAUAAGAGAAUUUUUUAUAUAAACUUUUGUUCUUUAGUCUUUUUAAUGAAAAUAUAUAAACGAAUAAAUAAUUUAACAAAGUAA